AUGUUUUCUCACAUUCUAGAACUUUAUCCAAACCGUGGCUUAAUUCAUAUUUCAUUAUUUAUAAAUGUCAAGAAUUCACCAGAAUUAAAAAAAAGAUUAUUAUCUCAUGAUUCAGAAUUGAGGGCUGAUACCUUAAAAGGAUUAAGUGAACUUGCAAAUGAUCCUAAAAAUAAAGUUUGGAUAAUUUCAGGACGUGAUGUUGAUGCACUAGAUAAAUGGCUUGGUGGCAUUAAAAAACUUGGAUUUAGUGCUGAACAUGGUGGUUUUAUAAAAAGUCCUGGAAGUAAUAAAUGGGUUAACCUUAUGAAAGAUAUUGAUAUGAGUUGGAAAAAUGAUGUACUUGAGAUAUUCACAUAUUAUAAAGAACGCACUCAAGGAUCAUUUAUAGAAGAUAAAAGUUCUUCAAUUACUUGGCAUUAUCGUCAAGCAGAUCCUGAAUAUGGGUAA